GAGACGAGACCACGCCGUCCACCGAACUCGCAAAGCUUUCCUCUUUCCACGGCGCCCCGAUCCUUCCGCUCCGCCCCGCCCCGCCUCCAUCCCCCAUGCAUUCCCCCGCGCCGGCCGCGGGCGCCGCCUCCGUUCUCCCCAAGGACUCCCGCCCGCUCCCCUGCCUCCUCCUCGUCUCCCUCCUGCUCCUCCUGCUGCUUCACUUCCUCUCCUCCUCCUCCCCCUCCUCUACACCCGCGCCUCCGGACGCGCCCCACCGCCCGCCGCUCCCGGCCGGCGCCGCCUCCGCCGGCCCUGCCCCGCCCGCGCUCGCAUUCCUCCUCACCGGCUCCGCGGGCGACGCCGACCGCCUCCACCGCCUGCUCCUCGCCACGUACCACCCCCGCAACCUCUACCUCCUCCUCCUUGACCGCGCCACCUCGGCGCACGACCGCGUCCGGCUCGCCCGCGAGCUGCGCGCUGGCCCCGGCCGCGCCGGCAACGUCCACGUCGUCGGCGACCCCGGGUUCGCCAACCCGCGCGGUGCUUCCGCGCUCGCGGCCGUGUUGCACGGCGCCUCUCUGCUCCUGCGGCUCGGCCAGGGCUGGGACUGGUUCGUGCACCUCGACGCCGGCGACUACCCGCUCGUCACCCCCGACGAUCUUCUGCAUGUCUUAUCAUAUCUACCAAAGGAUAUAAACUUCAUUCAGCAUACCAGUUAUAUUGGUUGGAAGGAGUCAAGACAUAUAAGACCAAUUGUUGUUGAUCCUGGUCUAUACCUAUCAUCAAGGACUGAUAUUUUUUAUGCCACUCAAAAGCGUGAACUGCCAAGUGCAUAUAAAUUAUUUACCGGUUCUUCAUCUGUCAUCCUUUCUCGGGAAUUUACCGAGUAUUGUAUCGUCGGAACAAAUAAUCUACCAAGAACUAUGCUAAUGUACUACACUAACAUGCCCUUGCCACACAGGAAGUAUUUCCAGACAGUCCUCUGCAAUUCCCCCAAGUUUAACAGGACCGUUGUUAACCACGACCUGCACUACUGGGCAUCGGAUGGAUCGUCCAAAAACGAGCCCCGUCUGCUGAACCUAACUGACGCAGGAAACAUGGCCGCGAGCAGCGCAGCCUUCGGGACUAGAUUCGCCAAGGAUGACCCUGUGCUCGACCACAUCGACGAGGAGAUUCUACAACGUUUGACUGGAGAGCCGGCUCCAGGAGGAUGGUGCAUAGGUGCUGGCGACGACAGUCCCUGUUCUGUUUCGGGCAGCACGGAUGUUCUUAGACCUGGGCCUGCGGCUAUGAAACUUGCCAAGUUCCUCGCGAAAAGGCUAUCCUAUCCAGGCUUUUAUUCUCAGCAGUGUGUAUGGGACUGAUGAGUUGCUGUAAAUUGUAUCACCACGAAACCACGAGUUCAGUUAUCUUUGUGUA